CGCAGGAACAUGGGGGACGAGACAAAUCAGACAGCGAGACCGCAAAAACCAAGCGCACAGCAAAACAUGACAGGGUAUGAUGACUGACAGUCACAACAAAUGCAUCGCUGCACUGCUUGAUCACAAAGCAUGGGGCUCCGGCUCACGGACAAGGCUACACAGCAGAGCCACCAGAGCCAGAGGUUGCUGAUCUUCGGGACCAUCUUCAUCCUGACAACGCUCCUCAUCCUCUACAGCUCCAACAGUGGCAAUGAUGUCAUAUACACCCCCUUUCAUGUGGCCACCAACCAUCAUGCUUUCAAGGCCACUGACCUGAAGAAAUGGGCUGGGAAAGAGGGUUAUGUGGCAGUCCACGGAAACAAGACUAUGACCCUGCAUUGCCAUGACUGCGCGCUGGUGACAAGCUCCAGUCAUGUCCUGGGGACCCAAGCGGGAGCAGAGAUCGACCACACAGAGUGUGUGAUCCGGAUGAACGAUGCCCCCACCCAGGGCUACGAGGCUGAUGUAGGGAACCGGACCUCCGUGAGGGUGGUGGCCCACUCCAGCGUGUUCAGGGUGGUCCGGCGGCCCAACGAGUUCCUGAACCGCACAGACAGCACCCCCAUGAUCAUCUUCUGGGGACCCCCAACCAAGAUCGGGAAAGAUGCCAAAGGAACCUUGUACAGAUUGAUCCAGAGAGUCAGCAUGACCUACAGUAACCUGUCUUAUUUCACCAUCACACCAAACAAGAUGCGCAAAUUUGACAGUCUGUUUCAGAGGGAAACGGGACGAGACAGGCAGAAGUCCCAGUCGUGGCUGAGCACCGGCUGGUUCACCAUGGUCAUCGCCAUUGAGAUGUGUGAUAAUAUCAAAGUGUAUGGCAUGGUGCCGCCCAAUCACUGUGGGAAAAAACAAGGGCCCAAGAAGAUGCCCUACCACUACUACAAGCCCAGGGGCCCUGAUGAAUGUGUAACAUACCUACAGAAUGAGAAAGGCCGGAGGGGCAACCACCACCGCUUUAUUACCGAGAAGCAGGUGUUUGCACGCUGGGCAAAGCAGUACAACAUCACCUUCGCUCAUCCCACUUGGUGAAAGGACUCUGAGGAGCUGUUCUCACACCAGCCCUAACAAGCACCAUGGACUUGAUGUCAUCGUAUUUUACUCGGUCAGUCCUCGGCAAACAGCCACACGUGUCAGGGGGAUUCUCAUGACCUUUCUGUUUUCUCUUCUGAAUGACACUUUUGGGAAUCGUCACAUGGAAGAAAAAAAAAAAAACGACUUUGGAAACAUUUACCACUGGUACAAGCGAUCAAGGAGAUUGCUUAAGAAUGUUUUCUGACACAACAGGUGUAUAAAGAAGAAGAAUCCUGAAUCUCAUUUUUGGGAGGUUCCUUAAAUACUCCACAUGAAAAUGUGGCAGCCAUCUGAAGUGGGUUUUUUUUUUUUUUUUUUGUAAAUAGAAAUGAAAUGACUUUUAAGAUGUAUUUUUACAUGUUUCUAAUUUUUGUGUUAAAAUAUCCUCAAAAUGCAGUUAAGUUGCCCGUGUUGAGGAGGUAUUAUAUCAGCCAGUACAUCUAAUUAGAUAUGACUGAGUCUAAGUGGCCUGUAAAACACACCCUGUUCAGCCCUCGGUUGGACUGAGCAGAUAUCUGUCCAGUAAAUACAGCACAACACACACACCUCAGUCAGGUGUAAUUAAUUUAAAGAUAUAAUCUACAGUGGAGCCCCACAAAUAUGUGAACAGUCAGGCAGUGCUUGUUUGGGAUUUUUACUGUCUUUCCACUUUAGAUAGCCACUAUGAAGUGCGAUUCCAUAGUUACCUUCAGUUUGAGGGUAUUUUCAACCAUGUGGAGUGAAAAAAAAAAAAAACAGCACAAUACCUAUAUAUUUGGA